AGUAAACAAAACCAUCAAACAUAAAGAUAAAUCAUGAUCCUUCUUAUUUGUGCCUUUAUUUUUGUUUCUGAAAUUUCCUGCUUACAUAUUCUACCCUGUGAACCUGGUGAUCCGGGUCCUUUAGGAUGUGAUCAGUUUGUGAGGAACGGGGGACAACUCGGUGUCGGACAAGCAAGUAAUCCAGGGAAUGUAGGAACCUUUGGAACCGGAAGCGGAAAUUCCAUUGGGUCAUUAACUAACGAUGUAACUUUCUUGAACAGUCAAAAUAUAGCAGGAAUGCAGUUUAUUGAUCCAACGCAGAUUGCAAAUCCUUCUCAGUUUGGUGAUCCUACAGUACAAUUUCUGGACCCUACAGCACAACUACUAGACCCUACUACACAAUUUUUAGACCCUACCACACAAUUUUUAGAUCCUACACCUCAGUUAAUCGACCCUACAUUUAGAGACCAAUCGUUUGCUGUGCCUGUAGGUCAAAUUGACCCUUCAGUACAAUUUAUUGACCCGACUCAAUUUGUUGAUCCGUCGUUUAACGGAGCAGUUGGUGUAGGACAAAUUGGACAGCCAAUUGGGCCUCUCACAACUGGUUUAGAAUUCGUUGGUGGUAAUUCUAAAAUCCCAAGGGUCUAUCCAAAGGGAAAAUUUAUGACAAAGGGUAAAAUUAUUGCAAAAGGAUAUCCAAAAGGAAUGAUAAAAAAGAAAUCCAUGGGAGGAUAUCCAAAAAGAUUGAUGGUCAGAUAUCCGAAAAAAUAUGUUAAAAAUAUUGUUGGAUAUCCAAUAGGAAAAAUUCCAACGUAUAGUAAAUAUCCAAAUGUAUACAAAAAAGCCUAUAGAAAUCCAAAGAACUAUAAAGUAGUAAGAUAUUUGAAGAAAAAAUACAUGAUUGGAGGAUAUCAGAAAUUUGGUCUGGGGAUGAAAAGUGGAUAUAGAAAGGGCAGAGCGUACUCAAAGGGAUAUCCAAAAUUUAGCAUCAGAUCAAAGAAAUCAUUUGGCGGAUAUUAAACCUUUGAGUAAUUGGACCAUCUUAAGAAGACGCAGCCUAAAGUUUUAUUUAGGUCUAUUUGUGUAUUAUUUUAUUUAUUUCUCAAUACAAUAGUAUUUAUUUUA